AUGGAUGGCUCGCUUCUUUUUGUAAACAAGACACAAACGUCCCGCGUCUUGUCGAGAAGCAAAGCCUGCGAACGAUCAGCCAUUUUGAGCCAUGUGCAGAAUAAGCGACGUAGACACGAAGCGGAAGCAUCGCAGUCAUUGAAGCCAUGGGCCAGACUCACCACCACUCUAUCGACGUCGGAUGUCUCGGAGAUAACGAAGACGGUGGAAGUGAAGCUGAAAUUUGUUGAUCACGAUGUGACGACUCAGUCUAUCAAAAUAUCAGCAGACAAGCAAAAGUGGCAGAAGCAUAGAGAGGUGACAGAAAAGAAGCUCUCACCGGCAACUACAGCAUCCAAAUCUUUGUCAAAGGCCCUGCAACCCUCCUACAACACCUCAGACCCCUUCCACUGCACCAUUGCUAGUCUGGAUGCGGGCACCCAUGCUAUCCUUCACAUAACCUUUUCUCACGCCUCACGAGUAAACUUCCUUGCCGAGUCUUUUGCACCGCCGGAGAAGCUACUGCAACACGCCCCAAUGAGGCACGACAGAAUGUUCCAGCUACGGCUGAAACGCUGCGUUGAGGACGAAAAGCUCAUAUACUCUACUCUUGCAUAUGGAUCUAGCCUCCUGGGUUGGACAAUGGGUCAUUUCCACUCUGGGAAGCAGCCGGAAUACUUUCUCGACAAGGCUCUUCGUGCUGUACGAGUCUAUCUUUCUACUCCCGGAUAUCUCGUCGACGAUUGGCUGCUUCUAUCCAUGUAUGGUCUUGCAAUCACGGAGAUGUGGAAUUGCCUGCCUAAUAUGUGGAGGCAGUUGCCAGAUAGACACGCCAUGGCCUCCAAACUGGGGUCUCGCGGCUUCUCUGCAUGUCGAAUGCAUCUCAAUACACUGCUUCAAGUUGUCGACUCUGCGGGCGGGUGGGAUAAAUUUGAUCCUUAUGUGCUGGACAGCGUGAUAUUGGCAGACAAGUUCAUGGCCAUCACUAGUCGAAAACCCCCCAUCAUUCCCGUGACAUGGGAUCCAGGGCCACUGCCCUCUGAGACUCUAGGAGAGUUUGGCAUCGCGGAAGAAGAGCUGUUGGUGGCGCUGCCUCAUCUUGGAACAGGCUUUCAAGCUGAGUCGCUUGCAGAAGAGCUUAACAACAUCCUGCGCGAUCUGGCUGCAUAUUGUCGUAUCGCCAGCACGGCGUGGUCGUAUUCUUCCACCAGACCUAACAUGGAAGGCUGGUUAUUUCGACGCUUCCAAGCAAUCUCGUAUCGUCUUCUCUGCUAUGCCCUCGAUCGAAACGCGAAGCACCUUGAGCGCUGCAUUUCUCUAGCUUCGCUGACCUUUAUUCUAACUUCCAUUCCAGCCAGAGGACCGCAAAUGAGUGCUCAGGACGUAACUUUGCAUCUAUUUGAUUUGCUCCAAGAAGAGCAGUUCGUCAUGGGAAAAGAGAGCGUGCCUGACGGCCUUUUGUUUUGGUUGCUGUUCAUGGGAUGCGUUGAUUCAGAGCCAAGUUCUCAUCGGCUGUGGUUUCUCGAGCGGAUGGCUGAUUAUUGUGAUAAAGAAGAGAUGACAGAGUCGAGCUUUGAAGAGAAAUUGGAGCCGUAUUUCUUUUUGCGAUCGCGGCAAGGUGCUCGAAUACCCGCUGUGCUUGAAUAUCUAGGAACCAUGGUCAAGGGGAGAUAA